GUCCCAAAUUACGGCCACCCUUCUAGAAGCUUGAGAAGUGGUGUAAUGUUAUGACCAGGAAGAGAAAAAAAGUGGCGUGAUCUCGUAGAAAGGAGAAUUCUGGGAAUACACGGUUUGUUUUUAUGCUGACAUGCCAAUACAACGACUUCAUGCCUUGCUUCUAAACAGGGAUACCUAUAUAAAUACCCCUGGUGUUGAACAGACGGUGGUCAUUAUAAAGCGGCAUGGUCGUGUGUGCAGGACCAGUAUGCACGGAAGAAAUCCCCGGGGUGUUACGUUAGCACCUACCUGGCUGAGGUUUGCUGUACUCUGCCUGAUACCUGAGCUGUGCAUAACAUGUCUCCACAAGGGAAAGAAGCCCUGCUGUGGACGGUGCUGUUCGUGCCGGUUGCCCGAGCGGUCUGUGCCCUUCCAGCCGCGGGCGACUCCCGCCUAGCGCACCGACAGGCUCGCUCAGCUGCAAACCUCGAGCCCUACCAACCGUGUCAGCGGAGAGGCUUCCGACGGGACCUACAGCUGACAAUGAGAGCAAUCGCACAGACCAACAACACCAUGACGAGGAUGAAAAGGGCCUUCUUUCGCUCUGAAUCUUACGACACCGGUUCGAUCGCCUGGGAUGAGCUCCCCACUACCGACUACCUCCAGGACGGCGGGCUGGUUCCCCUGUUCCGUAACCUGAGCCGCUACCAGGUGGCCUUCCCUGACGUCAUUCUCCAAGCACGUCGUCUACCUGGCUACAGCGCCACCCUGCGGCGGUCAAUGAACAACACCAACCACGUCCUGAACAACUUACUGUAUAAGCUGAACCUGACGAUGACGGUGGCGGGAGAGUUGGGCGAGGCCACUGUGCCACAGGGGUGGACAGCAGACCCCGUGCCCCUCCCAGACGUGGGAGACAACCUGUACGAUCACUACAUCCGGGACUUCGUGUUCCUCCACUGGCUUCACGAGAUUCUGGACCUGCUGCGAGACGAGCUCGUGACCAGACUGGAGAGAUGUUAGGCCAUGUUAAUUUGAUUAUAUGGAUGACAUCCACUGGGAACCCCAAAACU